AUGGACUCCUUUGCCAUUACAGAGGGCCUUGCCGCCCAGGAACAGCAAGAUGCAUCGCCAGAGGUACCUACUAAACUCUCCGAGGAGACAAACAAGUUCCAGCGUGCCAUUGCUGCUUGGCGUGGAAUUGACCUAGCUAGCACCAUCGCUAAGCUCGACACCGCCGCCUCUGAUAUCGUUGAAUACCAACGGGAAUCCCUCGUCCAAAGAAAGGACUUGGCGCAAAAGACAAAAGACUUCAAGAAACUUGAUGAUCAAGGCAAGCUCACAGAGCACAAGGGUCUACUCAAGGCAUACCAAUCAUUUAUCGAUGUCUUGACAAACCAAGGAAAGGCGUCCUCUUCUUCCUUCCUCCAGCUAUAUUCCUCCCUAUCCGAAGCUCCCGAUCCCUACCCACUCCUCGAGGCCUCAGUGGAUUCAUUGGUCCUAUCCGAAGAAACCGUUCCGAGGUUAACAUCCGAGCGAGAUCAGUUACAACAAUCAGUCGAUCGUCUGACUAGGCAACAAGAGGAAACGGAGAAGCGCCUCCAGGAGGAGCGGGCCGCGCGGAAGAAGUUGGAAGACAACCAAGAGGCCAGGGCCAAGGAGAUUGAGGCAUCCUGGGAGGCCGUGUUGACGGAGAAGACAAAUAAUUGGGCCGCAAAGGAGAAGAGCUUGGAAGAGAAGGUGGAAAACCAAGAACGGCUGAUCAAGGAACUCAAAGCAAGCUAUGAGGUUUCCCAACGCAUGGGCGAAGACGACGAAAACGACGGGGCUCGCAAUGGUGCGACCGCUGCGGAAUUGGAGCUGGUUUCCUCCGAUUUGGAGAAAACCAGCUUGAGAUUGGCAGAUGUGGAAGCGCGGAAUGAGCAACUACGACUAGAGCUGGCUCAGGCCGUAUCUCACUCCCACCCCGAUCAGCCAACUUCAAUUGAGGAUGAUCCAUCAUACCAACGUCUCCAGUCGGAGAACUCUGCUCUGCUACGCAAGCUGGAUGCUGCACGCUAUGACAAGGACUCGACACGACACACCUGGGAGGGCAAGCUCCACCAGGCGGAGAGAAAUGCAUCAAAGGCUACGGUGGAGAGAGACGAGCUGCGUGCUCGCCUGAAUAAGGUUGCGGACUAUGAUGAAAUUCGCCGAGAACUGGAGAUGAUCAAAUCGAUCGAAUUUACGGCCGGUGAUGAUGACGAGGUGGCCGAGGCUGCGGGCAAGGACAAUGCAGCGAAUACCAAUGGUGACUCUACCAAGGGGAAUAACUCCCUAGAACAACUUUUGCUGGCUCGAAACAAGAAAUUGACGGAUGACCUUACUGUGCUGCGGGUAUCGUCGCGUGACAUUCAAGGUCAACUUGAAGCCAUGCGUGGCGAUCUUUCAGCAACUAAAGCAGAAUUGGAGAAAUCCCGAAGCUUAUCGUCCACUUUGGAGAAUGAUCUGUUGCGUGUACAGCAAGAGGCUGCCAACGCAUUCCCCCCAUCCGCCAUGUCCGUGGCGGGGACCUACUCUUCUCGAUACCCGCAUUCAUCUCGCCGAGGUGCGGCAUCUCCGACGUCGUCGAUUAUAUCUGGCUUUGACCAAAGCGCCGUAUCGGCGAAUACCAUGGAUGCUAUCCGUGCCGGAGAAGCCGUGGGUGGUGGAUCCGGUCUUCUGCCCAUGAUCCAAGCUCAGCGGGAUCGUUUCAAGAAGAAGAAUGCAGAACUUGAAGAGGAACUCUCCAAUCUUUACGUUACUGUCAAAUCCUUGAGGCAAGAGGUCGCGUCACUCCAGAAGGAUAACUUGAGUCUCUAUGAGAAGACUCGAUAUGUUUCCACAUACAGCCGCGGCCAGGGUGCAUCCACCUCUGCUUCCUCAUACGCAAACGCACCCAGCUCUACAUCCGUAUAUAACUCGUCGGACACACCUUCCGGGCUAUCCAUGGAUCGGUACCAGUCGGCGUAUGAGGCCCGGAUCUCUCCAUUUGCUGCCUUCCGAGGUCGUGAGUCGGCGCGUGCAUACAAGCGCAUGAGUCUCCCUGAACGGAUCGUUUUCUCAAUCACUCGCAUUGUCAUGGCGAACCGGACCAGUCGCAAUCUAUUUGCUGGGUACUGCUUUGCACUUCAUAUUCUGCUCUUCGUGGUGCUAUACAUGAUGAGCACAACGGAGAUGGAGAAGCAUACCGCCAUGAGUGCCGUGGGUAGUGCUGCGGCCGCCGCAUAUGCCAACCACGGCAGUGGCAGUGGCAGUGGCAGUGGCAAUAGCCAGCUACAGGCCGAUGACUGGCAGCAAGAGGGGUUCAAUCAAGCAAGCUAA